GCCUCAUCAAAACAAAAACAUGCUGAUACUUGUCUGAUGCUUUCUUGCACAAUAUUGUUUCACACUCAGCAUUUUUCGAGACAAUCUCUUCGAUUUGUUGCAGAUAACCUUGGUGUACUAUUGAGUGAGAGGAACAAGCAGAAGAAUGGCAUCAAAAAGCCGCAUUACUGAUACAUUUCAACAGAGGAAGACAAGGUCCAGUGGCACUGCAUCAUCAAGCAGCAAACCAUACACAAAAACAAAGCCAGCCAAAAAAGGUGUAGCCAAACCAAGCACCAGUAAGAAAGAAGAUGAUGAAGAUCAUAAGACAUUGAAAGAGUUUGAUCUGAACUGGGAAUAUGGGCCAUGCAUGGGAAUCACAAGGAUGGAGCGCUGGAAGAGAGCCGACAAACAUGGGUUAAAUCCUCCAGAGAGUGUGAAAGAUAUGAUCGAGCAGCAUCAGAAGGAGAAAUCCUACACAGAGUGCCUGUGGCAUGAAUACAACAUACUGUGAGGCUGUCUCUUCAAGAACAACGUUCCAAUUGAAAAAAGGACAUGACUUGGGAAAUGAAUCCUGUCAGUUUUGUGCAAUAUUUCAUCCAAAGAUAUCACCCAGUUGAAAUUACAAUCACAGACAUUUUCAACUAAAUAUUCAUAUAUCUUAAUGUUAAAGAUUAACUCUCCUGAUAAAAGUGUUUCUUUUGUUGCCCAUCAUCAAAUGUAAAGGGCCGACUGCCCUCAAAUUUAACUUUCUUGAAGCGUCUUUGUUUAUGAUAUCAGUGUAUCAUUAUCGAGUUACUGUACAUAUACAUGUAGCAUACUACCUGCCAUGUAGCAUACUAUUACUGGUUGUAGGACAUCAUUGUUUCUUCAUUAAGUGUAGAAUGAUUUGAUAUAUACAUUUAUACAAUAAAACUAUAUAUUUA